AUGUACACGGCUGUGGCUGGGAUUUUGCUGGGUUUGUCCGAGUCCAGACGAGAGACUACUAGUGUGCAGAGCUCUCACCCCGACUUCCUCACCCUAAUGAACUUCACUGCUCUUCGCCAUCUCUGCCGUAGUUUUUCGCGGACUCCGAGUUGUUGGCAAACUUCGGCCGCAUCCAGUCCGCUGACAAGACGCGUUCAAUUCCGAGCAUUUGCACAGUCUGCGGGCAAGUCACCUAGUGCAGAUGCACAACCCGCACCGAAGCCCACCGCGUCGACUCCCUUGAGAAGAACAGCGUCAGCAUCUCUCCCCAUUCGUUCGAACCCGACACCCACGCGAAGUGACAUCCGACCUGUCGUCACGCUCACGACUGCUGAGCGCUAUCUGUUACCGUCUUUGCUCCCACGCCUUCCUCCAUCUUCGCAGGUCCUGCAUGACUCGCUCUGGGUGCCGGAAUGGAAGCAGGAUGGUCAAGAGAGUGAGAUCUUCAUCUUCGCCAACGGAAGCCUCGUCUGUUGGGGACUAGGAGAAGAAGGAGCGAGAAAGUUUGCCUCGAAGUUUCUGUCAAGUUCAGAUGCACAGGUUUCACCACUGAAGGAAGCGGAAACUGAGGACCUGGAGUUUGUGACCGAUCCCGUGGAGAACACGAGGCUUCAGGGAGACCUUAUUAUCCUGGGUCACAGUCCCCCUUUGAACUCCGAUGAGGUCAUGCCGAGCAAUCUGCCUGCUUCUGCACUACCGCAAGAAACACUGUUGGCUCGCUACGCCUUUUCACAAGCACUUUCACGGUCAAAUGCACUCUCCGUACUAGAGAUCUCAUUGGAGCGCCAUUUGUCGUCGGUCGCCCUGCUGCCAGACUCGCUGCAACGCACAGGAAAGCCGGGGCUGGAUCGUAUAUCGCUUGUCAAGAAGCUUGGUGAAUUGUUGAAGUUUCGACAAGGCCUCAACCUGAACAGAGAGAACUUUUCUGAUACACCUGACUUCUACUGGGCUGAGCCGGUACUGGAAGGCUACUUCAACUCCUUGAGCAACGCGUUGGAGGUGAGAGCGCGUACGAAGUCGGUCAACGACAAGAUCACAUACGCUGCCGAAAUGCAAUCCGUUUUGCGCGAACUGCUAACAGAGACUUCUGCAUAUCGCAUGGAGUUCAUCAUCAUCGCUCUUAUCGCGACAGAGAUUGUCAUCUGUCUCAUUCGUGACGGUCCCGAGCUCUGGAACAUUGUCAUGCACAAGGAAGAGAAAACGGAGAAAGAUUCUGCUGAACGCCCUGCACUCCAGUAA